AUGCGCUGCUCUAUCCUCAUUUCUCUCAUCGCAUUGGCUGUCCAGGUGAUGGCGUAUGAACACGGGGAGAUCAGGAGUAAUGUCGCUGUUCGAUCUGAUGGGAAAGGCGGCAUCGAGCACUUUUACGAACGCGACAGGAUCGCGCAUGAAGAGCAAAAGCGACAAGCUAGCGAUUACCCUGAACCCCGCCGUCGAUCGCAGAAGAAACGCCAAGACCCUAUGCUAGAUUACUAUCCCGUCAAGUCAGACGGAAAGGGCGGAGUCAUGCCUUUUGUGAAAGCAUAA